AUGAGAAAUUGGAAAACUGAAAUACAAAAAGACAUAUCCCAGAUCAAGGAACAUUUAGACUCGGGUUUCCAAGAGAUAAGGUCCGAAAUGAAGAAUAUUCGAGAGGAACAUAUGGAAAUAAGAAAGACCAUUCAAGACUUAUAUAACUCUAAUGCUGAGACAAAAACGCUCGUGACAUCGCUGCAAACUUCUGUCCAGUUCUGUACCGACCAAUAUGAGGACCUCAAUAAAAAAGUAGAAACCUUGAAGGAGAGAAACAAGGUGCACUCAAAUCUUCAGGUCGAGUUUGACAAGUUGGCGAACAAUUAUAGACAGUUACAAAUAGAACUUAAUGCCAAUAACCAAAGGGACCGCUUAUUGAAUUUGGAGAUUGUUGGUGUUCCGGAGUUCAAAGAUGAAAACAUUACUGAGUUGGUGCUGACUGUGGCUGCACAAGCGGGUGUCGACAUCACAGCGAAUGACAUAGUGGAGGCAAAUCGUGUUACACCCAGAAACACUCAACAGGGACGUCCAAGAAAUCUCGUUAUUAAGAUGAAGUCUCGAGUUAUAAAGGACAACAUUAUUUCUGGAGCAAGAAAAAAUCGUCUCUCUACAAGGAGUUUAAAUAUACCUGGAGCUUCCAAACCUGUAUACGUCAACGAACACCUCACGUACUAUAAUAAGCAGCUAUUAAAAAAAUGCAAAGAGACCGCAAAUAACAAGCAUUUUCAGUUCGUCUGGAUAAGACACAGCCGAAUAUUUAUGAGGAAGGCCGAUGGUUGCCCGCCCGUGCAAAUACUAUCAGAAAAGGAUCUGUCCAAAUUAACAUAA